AUGAAUUCUGAUAGACGACUCACAAAGGCUCUCGAGGCGGCCAACGAUGCUCUCCAGCACAUUUCCAUGUUGCCAAGUCUAGGCAGUCUGGACUGCACUCACAUCGACAGACUGCUCGGCCGCGUGGUCGACCUCCCCACCGAAUGCACCCAGAGGAACAGCAGAAGAAGCUUGCUGCUCGUGCGGCAGUGGAUGACCAGUGAAGGCCCAAGUGUGGUGUCGCUCGAGGUGCUGGGGCAGCUGUACUGGCGGCUGGGCGAGCUCAACAGCACACAGUUUGAAAAAUUCAAAGCUUCGCUCCAACAACAGCCGCUCUACACAUCACUGGUCCAGGACAAGGAAUUCAACGCACUCGUCCUCCAGCGUAUCCGCCACAUCCAGAAGUCAAAAGUGGAUGCGUGUCAGGAUUUCCUUAGCGAGCUAAGUGAUCUCACCAGCGCACAAGUCGAUUCGCCUAUGAUGAGUAUAGAGAAUCUUCGAGUAAGCUCGUGUAGCCCGACGCGAUCUAUGCACUCGCAAGACAGCGACUUUUCACAGGAAGCCAGUCUUCCAGGCCUGAUGCAGCAUACACCAGACGGCCCUCGGUCGAGUGAAAACAUGGAGCGCAUCCUUCGAGAUUUCUACAUCAAUGGAAUCUGUCCUAGCAUGACGGUUGCCAUACAGUCCAAUUCCUACACUUCUCUCGUGCAGGUGUCCGAGGUCUGUCUCAGCACGCGAUACGCCCUCCUCAGCCUGUCUGCCUCGUAUCUCAGCGAUCUUGUUCCCAAGCACCGAGAUUUCUACCACAGAGCAGAGCUGUACUACUCCACGCAGGCACUGGAAGCACUGGCAGCCCAGCUCCGCGACGGGACUCACUACGACGGCGCACUGGCAACCAGCAUGCUCCUCAUGCACCACGGGAUGCUGCAUCUCGACGACUCCCCCGUCAUCCUCGCCCGCACCGCCCAGUCCAUCGACGACCUGCAAAGCACAAGGCACCACGCCUUUGAAACGCGGAACUGGCUCGACGGACUUCCGCCCCCGGAGCCCCUGCGUAUCUGCGGCAUUCUGGGUGUCUCCCCCCAAAUCCUGUUCUACAUUUCCAAUAUCACGGGCCAGGCCUCGAACCCAAAUCGCCUCAAUAGGCUCAUGCAUGCACAGCUGCUCGAGUCCCAGAUCCAGAAUACACAGCAGUGGAUUUCGGAGACGGAGGGCCCCGAGAAACAGAUUCUGGCUUCCACGGCUGAGACGUUUAGGAUUGCGGCGUUGAUUCAUCUGCGCUGUCGCAUCUACGGAUUCACACGCUUCGACCCAUUCAUCAUCGCGCUCGCGGAUAAACUCUACGCUGCGCUGCGCUCGCUGCCCGUCCAUGGACCCCUGUACACCGCCAUCUAUCCCAUCUGGCCCUUCUUCGUCGCAGCCGUCACCACCACCGAGGACAAGCGAGAGAGGCUGUGCCGCCGUGAGGGCCUCGCCCGCGAGGGAAACAGGGAUAGACUUACCGCCGUCCUGAGACGCAUCGCGGGAAUCCGGACCUGGCUGGCUGACCAGGAUCCCAAUUGCACACGCCAAGAUGGCUGGUGGGAGCUCAUGCUCACGCCCGCCGCGAGCACCAUGCCGCUUGGCACCAAUCUGCUUUGUCUGGGGUAG